AUGACCGAAUCAGACAAGGCGCCUACGAUCUCCGAUCUGCCUGAAGGCUGCGUGACGGAUAUACUAUUGUCGAUCACGUCACCUCGCGAUGCCUGCAGAGCUGCUUCCAUCUCCAAAGCAUUGAAUUUAGCGGUUGAUUCUGACGCUGUUUGGGAGCGGUUUCUGCCACCGGAUUACCAUGAAAUCAUCGCGAGGGAGGUUUCCCCAGUAGUUUUCGAGUCUAAGAAGCAACUCUACCACCUGUUAUCCGAGUCGUAUAUCAUCCUUGAUCGUGGUUAUUUGGGCUUGAAGCUAGAUAGGCAGAGUGGGAGAAAAUGCUAUUUGUUGGGGGCAAUGGACUUAUCAAUUGCGUGGGGUAACGACACUCGUUACUGGGAAUGGGGACAUAUACCUGAAUCAAGGUCUUCCUCCCUCUCGAUGCUUGGCUUUUUUCUUUAA